UCAAUGAAACAACUGGCAACUCACAUCAAGGCUUAAAUCAAGAUAGAAGAAAACGACUGCAGACUAUUCAACCUGGACAUACACCACACCACGGUGGUUUGGAGGUUAUAAAAAUGGAUACUGUUAUAGCAGCAUCGGUUGCACUUUGCUCCCACUUUACUAACGAAUGCAUGGAAACUGUACGACAGAAGGAGGGGUACAGUGAUCAUGGAGGCCACUAAGAUAAUGACAACCAGGCCGGACUGCAUCUACUCCACUGUCAACAGGCUGAAGAAGGGCUGUCGUGGUGAGAUAAGUGGUUUCCCUAUUGCUUCAUUGGAAAACAAGGGAGCUACGCAAAGAAGAGAGGGGGCACCAAAACUCCCCUUUGCCCCAUUAGACAACCUGAGCAACAAGAGGGAAGAAUCACCCGUGAUGGCUCACAGAAGGCCGACCUUUGACUCUCACAGCAAUGAGAGCAAACUACCCAGAUCCAAUGGAGGCAACAUCAAGGACAAGAUUUCUCUGUGGGAGGGGAAGGAACCCACUCAUUCACCCGUUACCUCAGGUCCUUUGGGCCAGUGCGCCAGCGUAAAAAGGACAGAAUCCCUGACAAAAAGCAACAGUAAGACUACUGAAGAGCAGAAUGCAGAGUGCUGCAGGACCAUAGCCUAUAUGGAAAAAGAAAAUCUUGGGAAAGCAAAUGGGGAUUCAAGACCUUGUUCACCUGCUGAAGCUGGGAAACAGCAAAGAGGGACGCUCAGGGGUAGCAAAUCCAGUGAGAACCGAAAGGGAGAGGAUUGCAGUAGAGUUGUCCACAAGGAAAAGCAGGAUCAUGAGAAAGAGAAUGUGGAAAAACUUCAGGCUUCGAGGCCUUGUUCGCCUGCGGUGGCGGGACAGCAGCAGGUGGGGACGUUGAGGAAAAGCAAUGACAGGAGAACGGGCGAACAAACCAACCCGGAGAAGAGAGCUGUGUUCACUCUGUUCAAAAAGCUGGAGGCUAUGGGGGACAACCACGGGAAAACUCCUACAGAGCUCGGAAACUACUUCAGCCCACCGAGCAAGGACAAAUGGACGGAGGUGAAGAAGAAAGAGUCUGAAGUCAUUGGUCAAACUAGUGCAGUGACAUCCAGAGGGACCAAAGACGGAACGCGGCACCAGGAGAAUGUGUACACAGAGCCAGGGGCGCCCCCCAUCAACCCAGUCCCCAAACCCCAACGCACCUUCCAACAUCCAGCUACCGUCUCCAGCGGGAAGAGUGGGAGGCAGGGGAGAGGGCAGAGGAACCUCCCCCCGCUGCCCUCCGACUCUACAAAAACUUCCUCAAAACCUCCCUCUGGUGUCUACGGGAGACCCCGGGGUGAGAGAGUCCGAAACAACAUCAACAGGAAAUCCUUUGAGUUUGAAGACUUCACAGGGUCAACUAGUCCGCUCCUCUCUCCUGCAUUGUCUGAACAUCACUACGAGGACAUCCUCGACUCGUCCAAAGAGAACCCAUAUGAGGACAUAGAGUUGGAGAGUCAGUGCUCCCAGCAGUCUUUGCCCUCCUCUCCUGGCGCUGACAGUACCAAGACUUCAAGGCCUGGCUUCUUCAGGCAGAAUUCAGCCAGGAGCUUCAAGCUGCUGGACCUGCGGAGAACCAACCAGCCAACCCACAGCACCGGCAGCGGCGGGGUUUCAUCUCCACCCCAGCUCAGCCCGCCCUCCACUCCCACUGGGUCUGAACACUCUUCUUGGCUGCCCGGGGAUCCCUACAGCCGCACCUGUCGCAGGAUACCAACAGUUGUACUGCGAAUUAACAGCAUAUUUGAGGCUCGGAUCGGGAAGAAACAUCUACGGAGGAUCUAUCAUUACGCUGAGACAAGCUCGGGGAGAGUAACAGAUGAGAACAGUGAUUCUGAGAGUGAAGCUGAAGAAAGAGCAAAAGCCCAUCGUCAGCGUCUCGUGUCGGUCCAGUCCAUACUGAGCCAGCCAAGGCAGGCUCAAGUCCACUACAACGGCAACAAAAGCUCUCUGGAACAGGAGCUCCACCAGCGUCAGCUCUUUGAGUAUUUUCUAGUUGUGUCACUGCAGAAGUCGAAGGCUGGUGCCCACUAUCUGCCAGAGGUCACGCAGCAGUUCCCCCCAAAGCUGGAGCGGAGCUUCAAGUUCAUGAGGGAGACUGAGGACCAGCUGAGGAUCAUUCCUCAGUUCUGUUUCCCCGAUGCAAAGGACUGGGCGCCAGUGGAGCGCUACCCAAGCGAGAUGUUCGCUUUUGUUUUGACUGGAGAGGAUGGGAGCAGGAGGUUCGGAUACUGCCGGCGAUUACUGCCCAGUGGAAAAGGCAAACGCCUACCAGAGGUCUACUGUAUUGUUAGUCACCUCGGCUGUUUCAACCUGUUCUCUAAGGUGCUGGAUGAGGUGGAGCGGCGGAGGGCUUUGUCUCCGGCCCUUGUGCAGCCUUUUAUGAGAGCCAUCAUGGAGGCUCAGUUUCCAGCCCCGGGCAGGACCAUCACCAUUAAAACUUUCCUCCCCGGCUCAGGCACCGAGGUGAUGGAGCUCUGCCGACCCUCUGACUCCCGCCUGGAGCACGUGGACUUCGAGUGUCUGUUCUCCUGUCUGAGUCUGCGGCUGCUCCUCCGGGUGUUUGGCUCUCUGCUGUUGGAGCGAAGGGUCAUCUUCACCGCUGACAAGCUCAGUACUCUGUCCCAGUGCUGCCAUGCUGUUGUGGCGCUACUUUACCCCUUUGUAUGGCAGCACACUUACAUCCCUGUGCUGCCCUCGGCUAUGCUCGACAUCGUCUGCACGCCGACCCCGUUCAUCGUCGGCCUGCUGUCCAGUUCCCUGCCUCAGCUCACUGAGCUGCCCCUGGAGGAGGUUCUGGUUGUGGAUCUUGGAAACAGUCGGUUUCUCAGACAGUUGGACGAUGAAGACUCCAUCCUGCCGUCUAAGCUCCAAUCAGCCCUGGAGAACGUUCUGGAGAGGAGACGAGAGCUUGCUAAUGAGAGAGGAGGAGACACACCCAGUGACUCUGGCCAUCUUAGCACCGUUGUGUCCGAGGCCUUUGUCCGUUUCUUUGUGGAGCUGGUGGGCCACUAUCAACUCUUCAUCACCGGAGAACGGGAAGACGGCUACUCCUCCUCUUCCUCCUCCCCGGUCCCCUGCUCCUUCCAGCGCGAGGGCUUUCGUAAAGCGAUCCCAUCCAAGACUGUGCGCCGCUUCCUGGAGGUCUUCAUGGAGACCCAGAUGUUUGGCUGGUUCAUCCAGGAGAGAGAGCUCCACAGGCAGGCCCUGAGAGGACUGUUUGAAGUGAGGGUGCAGGAGUAUCUAGACUCCAUCCAUGAGAAUGAACACCGGAGGGUUAACAGGUUCCUCAAAGGCUUGGGAAACAAAAUGAAAUUUCUCUCCAAGAAAUAAUGGCACAGUAAUUGGACAAAAAGAGACAAAAAGAGAAGAAGAACAGAAAGAAGAAUGCAGAAAUCCAACAAAAAGAAAUGAUCAUUUGCGUGCUUUAUGAGAAACGCUCAUUCAUGGAUUCCUCAUCUGUGUCUGUUUGAGACUGAGGGUUUUGCACAAGGACUUGUAACUGGAUGGCUGUGGUGGAUCACCAAAGGAAAAUCCUGCUGUAUUUCAUAUAAAUAAAGAAACAUAGGACUGUAGAAUCACAGAAACUUUUAAGAGGUUCCUGGUUAGUUUGUUUUUAAAUUAUAUUCUUCAGCAUUCAUGAGCACAAAUAACACAAUGUGUAAAAAUAAAAUUGGUCUCUGCUACAUAUGGCAAGCAAAUUAAAGGGAAUACCUAAAUAAAUUAGUAAUUACUGUGAAUGCUUCUAUACAUGGCUCAAGGGGUCACCGAAUGGUUUGAAAAUUAGUUGAAUUAGAAGCUACGCAGUUUGGUGGUCACCCUUAGUGUGCACUGUGAGUUGACUGAAAGGUUCACAGUCAUAGUGUGUUCUGGAUCCACUAGGGGGCAGUAGUAUAUUUUCU